CUUCCAUCUCUGUGAUUAUGCUGUAAUGAAUGCUCUCUAAUCGUCGCUGCUUUUACUUUGAGGGAGUGCGGGCACCCGGACAUCGGAGGAAGAAGAAGGGAAAAUGGCUGCCGGAAUGCAAUUCGAUCGAAGAUUGGGUUCUAUACUACUUCUAUGAGACUUUCUCGUUAUCCGGCGAUUACCUGAAAGUUCUGCCGCCAUUUCCGCCGCCGCAAACCUUGAGUACAGCGGUUGCAUUUGCCUUAUCAAUUGCCUGACGAUUUGUCGUUUUCUAAUUCGGUGAUGUUAAUUGGCCAUGAAACGCUCAUCCCUAAAAAGGGAAAGUCGGAAGAGAAAAGAGAGGACGAGAGCGAGACGGAGGGAAGGAAAGGCUUUGAAAUCACCACCACCACUCCGAGGUCUGUUAUUAUAAUCCCCAGGAGCAAAUCGCACGGCACCAUUCGGAGAGUCACUCCCACCAGUUCAACGGCUGUGGUUGAGAAACGCCUUUCCAACGGAGAUCUGUAUGUAGGGGACUUCUUCCUCAAUGCGCCUCACGGAUCUGGGAAGUAUUUAUGGGCCGAUGGGUGCAUGUAUGAAGGAGAAUGGAAGAGAGGGAAAGCCUCUGGGAAAGGAAAGUUCUCUUGGCCGUCUGGGGCUAUCUACAAGGGCGAAUUUAGGUCUGGUCGGAUGGAAGGAACGGGCACAUUCAUUGGGCCGGGCGGUGAUAUGUACAAGGGUGCAUGGCUGGCAGAUCAUAAACACGGGUUUGGGCAAAAGCUUUACUGCAAUGGAGACUACUAUGAGGGCCAUUGGAAAAGAAACCUGCAGGAUGGACAAGGAAGGUAUGUCUGGCAGAAUGGGAAUGAGUAUAUUGGGGAAUGGAUGAAUGGGACGAUUCAUGGAAGAGGUGUCUUGAUUUGGUCCAAUCAAAAUCGGUAUGCUGGGUGUUGGGAGAAUGGUGCUCCAAAAGGCCAUGGAGUUUUCACUUGGCCUGACGGCAGUUGCUACAUGGGCUACUGGUCACAAGAGGAGAGAAAUCAGCAUCACACUCAAGUCUUGAAUUGGACGCUUUAUCCUGCACGUACAAGUAAAACAAAUUUGUGUCAUGUAAAAAAUGAUAUCUGCAAGUUUAAUUUUAAAGAUGAAGGAUUUUAUGCGUUCUCUAGGCAUACGUUGGGUUCACCAUUAAUAGAAGAUGGGAAUUGUGGAGUGGCGGUGACAGGUGAGGAGAUAAAAUACUCUGUUGGCAGAAGGGAGAGCUUGGAAGGAAGAAGUUUCCCAAGGAUUUGCAUCUGGGAAUCUGAUGGCGAUGCCGGGGAUAUUAUUUGUAACAUUGUUGACACCAUGGAACCCAUGGAACCAUCUAGGUUAUACUGGGAUGGGGUCAGGCAGUUUAGGAGAAAGGAUGGGAAAGGAAAGAAGCCUGGCCAGUCAAUAUCAAAAGGGCAUAAGGACUACGAUUUGAUGCUAAAUCUUCAGUUGGGCAUUAGUUUUUCUGUUGGAAAGCAUGCUCUGGUGUCACGAGAGCUUAAGCCAAGUGAUUUUGAUCCAAAGGAGAAGUUCUGGACUAAGUUUCCGCCAGAAGGGUCAAAGUUCACACCCCCACACAAAUCUGCAGAAUUCCGGUGGAAGGACUAUUGUCCAUUAGUCUUUAGGCGUUUGCGGGAGCUAUUCCAAGUAGACACUGCAGGUUACACCAUGGCUGUCUGUGGAGAUGAUGCACUGAGGAUGUUUUCUUCUCCGGGGAAGAGCGGGAGUUGUUUUUAUCUGACACAGGAUGAUAGAUUUAUGAUCAAAACUGUCAAGAAAUCAGAAGUCAAGGUUCUUAUUAAGAUGCUGCCAAGCUAUUAUCAGCAUGUUUGUCGCUAUGAAAAUUCUCUUGUUACAAAAUUCUAUGGUGUGCAUUGUGUGAAACCGGUAGGUGGCAUGAAGACGCGGUUUAUUGUGAUGGGUAAUUUGUUCUGCUCGGAAUACCAAAUUCACAGGCGUUUUGACCUUAAAGGUUCCUCUUAUGGCCGCACAACUGAUAAACAUGUGGACGAUAUUGAUGAAACCACUACUCUUAAAGACCUUGACCUUAAUUUUGUUUUUCGGCUUCAGCAGAACUGGUACCUAGCACUAAUCAGACAAAUUGAUCUCGAUUGUGAGUUUCUGGAAUCAGAGAGAAUCAUGGAUUAUAGUUUUCUGGUAGGUCUCCACUUCCGCGGUGAUAAUACCAGUGAUAAAAUGGGGUUGUCACCUUUCCUCUUGCGAACAGGAAAAAGUGAUUCAUUUCAAAAUGAAAAGUUUAUGCGUGGCUGCCGAUUUCUUGAGGCAGAGCUACAAGACAUGGAUCAAAUUAUAGCCGGCAGGAAGCCUUUGAUACAUUUAGGAGCAAACAUGCCUGCAAGAGCAGAGCGAAUUGGCCGGCGGAGUGAUUUUGACCAGUACAUCCCUGGUCGGUCUUAUCCCCUGCCCCCUUCCCGUGCCUUUGAAACCUAUGAAGUAAUCCUCUACUCUGGGAUCAUUGACAUCCUACAGGACUAUGAUAUUAGCAAGAAGCUUGAGCAUGUCUACAAAUCCUUUCAAGUUGAUCCCACCUCAAUAUCAGCGGUUGAUCCCAAGCUGUAUUCAAGGCGGUUUCGGGAUUUCAUAAGGAAAAUUUUUGUUGAAGACAGCAGGUGACUCGAGAGAUGAACUAGUUGAAUGGAUAUUUAUCCACACAAACUCUUGAAUUGAUGAUUUACUCGUGGAUGAUAGAAGAACCCCAUAAAACUGGCUGCUGCAGUGCUCAUAUGAUUUGCAAGAGUAUGGAACACUCUUUGGGUUGGGGCUGUUGGCAAAGGUGUGAUUCUUUUUUGGGGUAGUCCCCACAUGGCUUUAUUUUGUCAUCCAAACGUAGGUGAGAAAAAUAGGUUACCUGUACAUUGCAUGGUGAAGGGGGUAAAGGAAGAUUGUUCUGCUAUUCUUGAGUAAAGAUUUUGUUGUCUGGGGGAUAUGAAGAUUUCAGUUAAUAGGUCUCACAGAGAUAGAAUUCCCAACAAAAGAAGGAAAAAAAGAUGAGGGGCAUAAUAAUGUUAUUGUACAGCAUUUAGGCACGUAACAUGCUUUCAGCUCUACCAUUUCUUUGUUUGAUUACUGAUGCAAAAUGCAUGCAUAUUGAUGGUACAUGCAUUUUAUUGUGAAAUUUAACAUAAUAAGACGCUUACGGAGUAUUUUUAUACUAUCAAAGCGUAUUAUCU